AUGUUUGUCAACAUCAACGUUUAUCAUUGCUUGUCAACGCCUAUCAACCAUCAACGUCUAUCAAUUCUUAUCAACCUCUGGCUAAGUCAUGAUAGCUCUGGCUGGGUCAUGGUCGAUAUCCUAAAGUUUAUUGUCAAUAUCAGCUUGUUAAUGUCAUUGAACAGCUCCGUUAUGUCCACAAUAACCUCCCUUGUUAUGUUUAUACACCCUGGCCAUCUCUUACCCUCGUGUAUAUACAGGGUCGACCAGCUACUCGCCACCUCCAUAUAUAUACAAGGGGUAUGUCAUGUCACAUGGCCGCCUGGCACCCUGAUGUAUAUGCCACCGGGUACCCAGGGUGUGUCAGGGCCAUGUUGUCACCUCGUAUAUACGGGUGAGUGGUCAUGGCACCUGGUAGCCAGGGUGUGUCACAGGGCCAUGCGUGUUAUGGGCAUGCCAGACCGUAACUACACAUGCCUGAGUCGAACUAAACAUGCCGGACCCCAGCCAAGGGAGUCGUUGACACAACGUUCAGUUAUCAUUGUAACAGUGUACCUACCACCCUGGUACGGCACUUACAAGGUACCUACUACCCUGUUAUCAGUCCAUCAAGGUACCUACUACCCUCAUAAGGUACCGUCAACACACAUAACUUUUACCAAGGGCAUUGACACGGCACUGAUAGCACACAUAGGGCACUGGUACUACACAGACAUGGUAGCUAUUACCCUGUUAUCAGUCCAUCAAGGUACCUACGACCCUCAUAAGGUACCGUCACCAUGUGCAAGGGUUGUAUAUCAUGCCGACAGCACCCAUAACCUUCAGAUAUCAUGUCGACAGGGUACAAAACACCAUGAUACGACACUGACAUUACCUGUAAGGCGCUGCUACGGUACCGACACGUCACACAUCUUUCUCCAACCAUGCCCAAACCUUACCAAACACUCUGGUAUCAUAGCAACAGGGUACAUAACACACCGAUACCAUUAUAACAGAAUACAUAACACACCGAUAGCAAGACAACAUCACCCAUAA